ACAGAUGGCCUUUUCAUCUCCUCUUCAAGUAAUGAAAAUGGGAACUGUCUAAUUUUUCUCUACAGGAAACGAUACCCACAGAGUAUUAUAGUCAGCGUAUUUGCGAUCAUUCUUGGGGCUUUCAUAGCAGCUGGGUCUGAUCUGUCUUUUAGUCUGGAAGGCUACACCUUUGUACUGCUAAAUGAUAUCUUCACAGCAGCAAAUGGAGUUUACACAAAGCAGAAAAUCGAUCCAAAGGAGUUGGGAAAAUACGGUGUCCUUUUCUAUAAUGCCUGUUUCAUGGUGGUUCCAACAGUUAUUAUUAGCUUUUCUACUGGAGACUUCCAGCAGGCAACACAUUUUCAGCACUGGACAAAUUUUUUAUUUGUCUUUCAGUUUUUUCUUUCCUGCUUGUUGGGGUUUCUCUUGAUGUAUUCUACUGUCCUAUGCAGUCAUUACAAUUCUGCGCUCACAACAACAGUAGUUGGUGCCAUCAAGAAUAUAUCCAUCGCUUACGUUGGAAUGUUGAUUGGUGGAGAUUACAUGUUCUCUAUGUUAAACUUUAUAGGGCUUAAUAUUUGUAUGGCAGGAGGACUGAGAUACUCGUUUUUAACCUUAAGAGGAAACAGCAAGCCUGUGCAACCUGGGGAUGAAGAGAAUGCACUGCUUGAGUCAAGGAGUUAG